ACACACCACACACACACACAGCCUCCCUGCCUCAGCCUAAGCCUCACUUCAGAGAGGAAGGAGCAUUCUUCUCUUUCUUCUGCUUCCCCGCCCAUCUGUGCUGUCAGCAAAGUUGGCCUCAAACUUGAGCAGAGCUGAAGGCUGCAGCUCCCUGGGAGCUCUGCAGGGGUGGCGCAGGCCCUGGCCUCUGAACCCAGCUGGCCUUGAGAACCCAGCUGGCUCCUUCUCACCCUCCCAGCACCCAGUUGGCCCUUGGGUCCCUGGGCCACCCUUCUAUCCCUGCGCUGGAGGCUCCCACUCUGGGCUGGGGAAUGGUGCGCUGAGGUUCCUCUGAAGCCCCUUGUCCAGGCCCUGGAGCUGAAGCAGUCCAAAGCCCAGGCCAACAUGGCUAACCCAGGGCAACCUCAGUUUCCCCGGGUGCAGGAGACAGGUUCCACCUCACCUUUGGAACUGCCCGAGAUGGAGAAGCUCCUCACCAAGGUAGAGGGCAAGGAUGACAAAGCCCUGAAUCUGUCCAAGUCCUUCUCGGAGGCUCUGGACUUGGAGAAGAACGGCCACAGCCUGCCCUUCAAGGUGAUCUCCGAGGGGCACCGGGAGGCCUCCCUCCCUGGCUCCCUUUCCCGGGCCAGCUCAAGGCGGGCAUCCUCUGUCGCCACCACCUCCUUCGCCCAGGACCAAGAAGCCCCCAAAGAUUACCUCAUCCUUGCCAUCGCCUCUUGCUUCUGCCCUGUCUGGCCCCUCAACCUCAUCCCCCUCAUCUUUUCUAUUAUGUCUAGAAGUAGUGUGCAGCAGGGGGACCUGGAUGGGGCCCGGAGGCUGGGUCGCCUGGCCCGGCUGCUCAGCAUCACCUUCAUCAUCAUGGGGAUCAUCAUUAUCAUCGUGGCUGUCACCGUCAAUUUCGCAGUUCAGAAGAAAUAAAAGUAACCAGGGAGCCAUGCAGGCAGAGGAAGACCCUGGUCAGCCACAGAGCUCCAAACCCACACCCUGUACCACAGGAGGACUAGAUGGUGACUGCCAAGUGCCCACCUGUCCUCAAGCUCCGAAAGCACAACUUGGAGGGAAACCCCAAGUUACCCCACUGUCAGUCCAUAUCAGAUGGGAAAAUCUGGAGAAAGAAUGGAAAGAAGAAAGGAAAGAAGGAAAGAAGGAAAUUAAAUUUACUGUGAAAACUAUGAAUAAUGUGGUUUAAUCCCAGCCUUUUCACCCCAAGGCUCUGGGUUUGUUCCUCGUGCCUGCAACUUCCCGGGACCUAUGAAGUAGCAUAAACUGCCAGAAUGAGAAGAAAACCAGCUCCACAAAUAAGACCAAUUAUGUAGAGAAAGCAGCAGCCCAGGCCCUUCCUUCCUUGGACAGGAGCAAAGAUGUGGGACUUUACCUUUUAUACUUUUCUCAAAAGCACACUUUGCAUGCUCUGUGCCACAUGCCUGCUGUGACCCCCUACCUAUGACUACCUACCACAGGUGAAGUUACCACUUGGCACAUGCCCUCGGGCACAUGCCCUCGGACACCCCAUGGUGCCUUGCCCUGGAAAGAGGCAAUGGCCACACACUUAAACCUCCCUUGCAGGGUGGAGGCACUCACAGGGAUAUUGGUGAAGGCAGGUACAGGGGCAGCAGGACACACUGACCUCUUCCCAAACUUUUCAGCCUCGGAGCCCCUCUGCUGAGGACUCUGGCCCCAGCAUGCUUCCCAGGACAUCUCAGUGCCUCUUGCUCCCCACCUGUGUUGUAGCCUGGGAGAGCACCAACAGGAACUUCUGGGACCUGACCCAACCUAGGUCAGCCUGUGGGGAGGGCAGGGCUCAUCCUGCCGGGGCCUCCUCCAUGAUCUGGGGUGCAAGCUUGAGAACCUAUGCAAAGUGGCUCAGGGGUCUGCAUGCCUAACACUCAGGGUCCCCAAGCAGAGUGCCUUGGGUGGGGCCUGGCUUUAGGCUCCCAGCCCAGCCUCAUCUGAUGCUUUGUUUUUGGCCCAGUGUCCCUAGACAUCCACAAGCAGAAAAUGCUUUCUCUGUUAAAGUGGUUUGGGGACCACCCUCAGGGGACUUCCCAUGAGCUUCCAAGCUGCUAGAGGUAUUUGUGCUGCUUGAAAAGGAAUGGGCUGGGUUGGAUCUAGAGGUCCUAGACAGAGGAAGGGCUUAGUGGAAGGGUCCAGUCUUUGAAGAGUAAGGGGCCCCAGGUUUGGGAGAUAUACUCACAUGCCCAGAGGAAGGGGCUGGACGCCACAGCCUCUGAGUUUGAGGAUCUAGAGGGACACCUGAAAAGAGCUGAGUAAGGCCCUCUGCCUCCCCCUGUUCCUUGGCCCUGUGAUCUCCCCACAUUUCUCCCGGGCAGAGGCUGUGCCCACAGGGGCCUCAUCUGCUCCUGGGUGCCCCCUGGCUUCAACUCAGACCUAGAGAGAGAUGCCCAGGCUUGCCCACCUUGCCAGGGUUACUACCCUCAAUGGGGGGGGGCAGGUUCCCAGACACAGCCUGUUUUGCCUGCAUUCGAUCAGGACCCACAUGCUCCUCUCUGAGGCCUUUGCCUCUCAGAGGCUCCAGGGCAGAGCGGGUAAGCACAGAGACUCUGGCUGAUGGAAGGUGCUCUUGGUGCUGUAGCAGCCCUGAACCUUCCAGACAGGGCCUGUGUGACCCCCGGGGAGGGAAGGGAGGCUGGGUGGAUCCCUUUGGGAUUGUGUGUUCCUACAUCAGUUCCUUUGGGGGGAAUACACUCCAACCUCUCCCAUUCCUGAAGGGGGGACUAGUCUGGUUUGCUUUAUGGGCUCUUUGAGACCAAAAUAGAGGUAUCCCUGUUUGUUGGGUGGCAGGGGGAAGAGGUGUGAACCAGAGUAUUCAUGUCACUUGGGAGAUCAGGACAGGCACACACACACACACACUUUCCUGCUCCAAUCCCAGAAUAGUCAAGGGCCCUGCUAAGGUGAAGCCACUAGCAGACAGCACCAGGAGUGGCUGAGCUGGAAUGUUCUUCCACUCAGGUCAGAGCAGCCUGAGAGUCUUCUAGUGGUACCAGGGUCAAGGGAAGCACAGGGCAGGAGUGAGAGACAACGGAAGGAAGGUCUCUGAAGCCUCUGACCAAGGGCAGCCCGGCAUCUCCAGGCUGCGCUGGAAACGGGAGGGACAGUGAUCCUGCUAUUCCAGCUCCAUUAUGGGUCCAGCCACCAGAUGCAUGAACAGGUGGUCCCCUGGCUGGGGCUACCGAUCUAGCCUCUCCCUGGAACCCCUCCCCACUGCCAUCACCACUCACACCAGUGACUCUGUAUUUCUUGGCAUGGAAGGAAAUAAAGCUGAACACACACGCUCA